UCCUUAAUUGUCUGGCAGUGUGGAUGUACACACAGAAUGGCACGAAUAUAUGUAUCAGCUCUGGUCCUCUACGGCUUCUGUUUGACCCCUGUCAUGUUGUUCUCUCCGCCACUCUCAGUGGUGGUCCAUCCUGGGGAUAAUGUCACCCUACAGUGCACUGAUGUACUUAAAGGUCCAGGACACGUUGCCUGGUUCAAACAAGUCAACGUCUCAGAGCCUCUGUGCAUCGCAUCGAUGUACAGCUCUCAGCCGUAUGUCAAGCAUCACAAUGGUUUUCAGCCCAGCCAUAUGGAAAUGUUCAUCAGCAAAAGAAUAAUCGUCCUCAAAAUCACAGAGGUGGAUGUAGCUGAUUCUGGUCUGUACUGCUGUGGAAUGUACAAUGAGUACUUCAUCUUCACCAACAUGACUUUCCUGAUGGUUCCAGGUUACAAGGAUUCUGACAAAGAGCCAGAGAAAUGUCCUGAAGGAGAGGAUGAUGAACCCAUCACGUACCCCUUUCCCCUGGUUGAUAUCCUGGGUGUUGUGACUGCUGUUCUCCUGAUAGUCAUCCUCAUCUUGGUCCUCAAGAUCAUACAAGAUGCAAAAAGACAAAACACAGAACGUGAUUCUCAAAGACAACUACAAAAUUAG